CAGGGGGCAGUAUGCGCCCUCCAUGUCGGUGUUAGCACCUCUAAUAGGCAGAAGAAGAAGAAAAACGUAAACAGUGCUGCCGUUUUUAGUUAGCAUGGUGAAUAUUGAAGUAGUUCAGUGUGUGUGACUUUACUCACAGUCCCGAUGAAACCUGCAGGAGAGUUUCCGAGUGAAACAUGACGUCACUGAGGAGGAUUCACACGUGGUCAGCACUCCUGAAACGACCCUGCACGUGGAAAUGUCACACAGCACCAACCUGCAGACUGCUCCACAUACCUCCACCUGCAGCUGCAGUCAGCACCCAGCAGAUACCCCGGCUCAGAGGUGUGUCCUCUCUGCGGCAUAGGUCGCUCUCUCUCUCCGCGUGGAGGCUGAAGAGCACGGAGGACUUCAGCAGCGGUCAGCACACUGAGGAAGAGGAGGAGGAGGAGGAGGAGGAUGAAGACUUCCUCGAUGACAGUGAUGUGGAGGAGCUGUUCCAGCAGCAGCCUCCUGCAGGGAUCGGAGAGGGUCAGCACAGGGUGUUUAUCGUUCACCCUGACGUGAAGUGGGGCAGCAGGAAGCAGCAUCUGACCACAGCCCAGCUGAUGAUGGCUGAGGCGGUGGGAUUGGUGAACACCUUAGAGAACUGGAGGGUGAUAGACCAGAUCAUCAUGUCCACCAAGACACCAGAGAAGAAGAGGAUCUUUGGCAAAGGAAACUUCCAGACUCUGACAGAGAAAAUCAGACAAACAGCUGGGAUCACCGCAGUGUUUAUGAAUGUUGAGCGUCUCUCACCUUUGUCUGAGAGGGAGCUGGAGGAGGCCUGGGGGGUCAAAGUCUUUGACAGAUACUCAGUCGUCCUCCACAUCUUCCGCUGCAACGCCCGGACAAAAGAGGCCAAGUUACAGAUCUCUCUGGCAGAGAUCCCUCUGUUAAGGUCUCGACUGAAGAAUGAAUUUUCCAAUUUGGACCAGCAGGGCGGGGGAUCGAGGUACAUUGGAGGUUCAGGUGAGACUCUGUAUGAAGUCCAGCAGAGACUGCUGAAGGAGCGAGAGAUGAAGAUUCGCUCAGCGCUGGAGAAACUGCGGAAAAAGAGGCACCUGCUGCGCUCUCAGAGGAAACACAAAGAGUUCCCCAUGGUGUCUGUGUUAGGAUACACUAACUGUGGAAAAACGACUCUGAUCAAAGCUCUAACGGGCGAUAGUGGCCUCCAGCCCAGAAACCAGCUCUUCGCCACCCUGGACGUCACCGUGCACGCAGGCCAGCUGCCCAGCCGCAUGAGCGUCCUCUACGUGGACACCAUCGGGUUCCUGUCUCAGCUGCCCCACCAGCUCAUCGACUCCUUCUCUGCCACCCUGGAGGACAUCAAACACUCGGAUCUGUUGAUCCACGUCAGAGACAUCAGUCAUCCAGAGACUGUGAACCAGAAGGUGAACGUGCUGAACGUCCUUAAGAACCUGCAGAUCCCUGACAGACUCAUGAGCUCCAUGAUAGAAGUCCACAACAAAACUGACCUUGUUGACAACUAUCAGCCACCAGAAGCCGACGCUCUGCCCAUAUCUGCUUUAGAGGAGCGAGGCCUGGACGUGCUGAAGAGAGCAAUGGAAGAACAGAUCGUCAACGUUACAGGAAAACAGAUUUUAGAUCUGAAAGUCGACCUCAGCUCUCCUCAGUUAAGCUGGCUCUACAGGGAAGCUGUCGUCCAGGACGUGCAGGUGGAUGCAGACGAAGGCUCUGCUGUUGUCAGAGUCAUCAUCAGCCGUGCUGCUCAUGGACGAUAUCAGAAACUGUUCACAGAGAGAUAGAGGAGAGGAGACGAGAGGAGAUGGGACAAGAAGAGACGGGAGGAGAGGAUAUGAGAAGAGACAAGAGGAGACGAGAAGAGAUGAGAGGAGAGGAGACGAGAGAGGAGAGGACACAAGAGGAGACUAGAGGAGACGAGAUGAGAUGAGAGAGGUUCUCUGUGCUGCAAACUGAACCUCAGACAUCUUUCUGAGGAAUGUUUUUAUUCUGUUACAGGAUGAUUGUUCUAGUAAACAUUUAGAAACUGCACUUUGAAGCUGAUUCACAGCAUACAGAAUAUUUUGGGGAAAAAAAAAAAAAUGUAUACAGAACCUCCAAUACAGAUUUUUCAAAUAUCAAAGAGCAGUGUAAAAAGGCGACACUUUGGUGCUCUUCAAAGUGAGGAUCCAAGUUUAAAGUUACCCAUAGGAUGUGAGGCACUCAAAAGGGUAGCUUAUACAAAGUCUUUAUUUCUUCAGAGCCACAGACUCGCAGUAAAAACAUGCUCACAGGUUUCAGGUAUUAAAGCCUUCAUCAGGAGAUGAGACUCAAAAUGUUUUCUCCAGUUUGAUUCUUAAAAGUUAAAAACUAUUCAUAGACUGUAAAAGAGAGAGUUCAGAUAAUGUCCCAUUCUUGGUUUUUGUACUGCUGCUUUGAAGCCUGGAGUUUGGCACGUUGUCUGUCACUAUGUGCAUGAAUGACGGUAUUUGACAGAGGGAUUGGAGCUGGAGGAGGGUUAUCAAGCACAAAGCUGUCUGCUAAAUCCAGCUGUAACUCACAAUGACUGUGAGACUUAUUAAAAUGCUUUUUUAAGAUCA